GUAGAUUUCCUAACUGUGGUAGAGAAAUGUGAUGUGCAGCAUACGUGUUUGUGGAAGAAGAUUGCUACGUUCCGGUUGAUACAAGCAUUGAAAUUACUUGCUGUUGAGCGGACUAGUCCACACGGAUAGCAAAGCAACCUCGAGUUUUGAAACAUUAUUUUCAAGUGUGUUUUCGAUAAUUGCUUUCGAUCGGAUAGAUAUAGAAGUAUUACUUUGUCUUUGUUUUGCAUUUACGCGCGGAAGACGCACAGAUCGCGAAUCUAUUACUGACGAUUUUAAUGCAAUUACGGACCACAGGAAGCCGGGAGUAAAGUAGAAAACAGGAGAGCAGAGGCCCGAUUUCUCCGCAUCGCCACAAGUCCACCUCUGUUUCUGCCGUGGAGUAGGCUACUUGAGUCUCUCACAACCGCGACCUGGAUGGAUGGGUAUGGGGAAAACAGGAUUUUGUUACCCCGGGGCUGAGCGCCUCAUCUACGCGUCAUCAUAUAUCCUGCUGAUCUUGCUCACUUUCUCAACCGUGGUCCAGAUAGAGGGUAGCCAAGUGCACAGCACACAUUGCCGCAUCCAGAAGUGCACCACCGACUUCGUCUCGCUGACCACCCACCUGAACUCGGCGCCGGAUGACUUGGACGUGGAGUACUGCAAGGCGCUGCGGGCCUACUCGGCCUGCACGCAGCGCACGGCCAAGAGCUGCCGCGGCAACCUGGUCUUCCACUCGGCCGUGCUGGGCAUCAGCGACCGCAUGAGCCAGCGCAACUGCUCCAAGGACGGCCCCACGUCGCCCACGCACCCCGAGACGCCCGCGGAGCCCUGCAACUACCACAGCCGCCACCUGCACCACAACCAGCAGGCCUCGUGGCUGGGCGGGGCGGGCACCGUGCGGCCCCCCACCUACCUGUUCUGCGGCCUGUUCGGCGACCCCCACCUGAGGACUUUCAAGGACCACUUCCAGACGUGCAAGGUGGAGGGCGCCUGGCCGCUCAUCGACAACAACUACCUGUCCGUUCAGGUGACCAACGUGCCCGUGGUGAUGGGCUCUAGCGCCACGGCAACCAAUAAGAUCACAAUCAUCUUCAAACCCUACCAGGAUUGCACUGACCCGAAGGUGUACCAGGCCGUGACGGACGACCUGCCCGCUGCCUUCGUGGAUGGCACCAUCAGCGGCGGCGACGGCGAGACCAAGAGCGUGUGGGUGAUCGAGAAGUCCGCCGGGCACCACGUGGAGAUCCACGCCGCCUACAUCGGCGUGACGGUGAUCGUGCGGCAGCUGGGCCGCUACCUGACGCUGGCGGCGCGCGUGCCCGAGGAGAUGGCCAUGGCGUACGACGACGAGACGCAGGACCUGCAGCUGUGCGUCAACGGCUGCCCGACGUCGGAGCGCAUCGACCGCGACGGGCACCUCCCUCUGCCCCUACAGCAGCCCCUGCAGGAGCCCCAGCAGCAGCAGCAGCAGCAGGAGGCUGGCAUGAGGCAUCAACAGCACCACCAUCACAAUCACAACAAUCACCACAAUCACCACAAUCACCACAAUCACCACCACCAGCAGCAGCAGCAGCAGCAGCAGCAGCAGCAGCAGCAGUACCAGCAGCAGUACCAGCAGCUGCCCCGGCCCAACGCCCAGCGGGCGGCCUACUCCCUGGACGCGGCCAUGGCCAAGUGCCGCGAGCAGCUGGAGGUGCAGGACAUCUACUUCCACUCGUGCGUGUUCGACCUGCUCACCACCGGCGACGCCAACUUCACCAUGGCGGCGUACGACGCGCUCAGGGACAUGAAGGCGCUGCACCCCAGGAAGGAGCGCUGGCACAUCUACCCGCCAUCGGGUGCCACGCGGGCACAAGCGCCGCUGCUGCCUCUGCUGGUGGCGUUCUGUUUAGUUGCUGCCGCUUGGCUUUGGUGAAAACACAAACAAAUUAGCACGCGCAAAACAAAAUGUACCAUAUUGAUCGGGCUGGGUUUUUUUUUUAUUUUAUUUUUUUUAAAUGAUGGUACUAUGAUGAUGGUAUGGUGAAGCAAAGCAACAACAGACAAAAAAGUGUUGAUGUAUAUAUGGUGCACGAGAUGAGUCAUACCCUCUUGACCCUAGUCAUGAAAAGUGAACUCUCUCUAUCGUGACUGUACAUUUUGUGUAUAUUACUUUUUUUUCUCUGAAGACCUGGAUGUAGUCGUUUGGUGUGUGAAUUGUGUGAUUUUUUUUUUAAUACCUCAAGAUGGAGGACGUUUUAACAGAAGCACUUUAUUUUUUAAUUUUUUGCAAGAAAAAAGAACAGCAAAAAGCAAAAAAAAAGCAAAAAAACACCUGAACAAAACAGUGUUUCCCUUAAGCAAGCCCAAUAACCAUGGAACAGCUUGGAACGGUAUAGCUAUGGAACGGUACUAGGCCUCACCCAUAUGACACAGCCCAACAGUUUUCAAAUAUGAGUGCAAUGUGUUACUUUUGAAAGUGAACGGGGUGGACAAACUUGGGAUCUCAGCGCUGGUAGAAUACUGCUCUUCACAGUGCUUUUUGGCACGCACACAAUGUUUGACACUAACUUCACAUGUCCGGACUUCUUUGCCUUCUAGUGCAACUUCUGAACAUGGUACUCAGUGAUGGUACUUGGCCCGCUACAUGGUACUUAAGUGACAACAGAGGGUUUCGCCCCUGCCCUGAUCACUGAAUGCCCUGUGUACGAUUGAUUAUAUCUCACUCUGUUUAAAUCUACUCUAUGUUUCUGUCCUUUCUCUUUGAUCAGUGCAGCUGGCAGUUGCGAUGGAACCAACAGCAGCAACAGCAGCAGCAGGAUAUCAUUUAUACCUACUGAGUUUAUAACAUUGUGGGCCCACUAAAAUGAUGCUUUUAUGACCUGAAUAUGAAAGUUGUGGUUGUUGACUGUUGUAGGAACAGCUGUCAAGUGUGGGCGCAGUCAUGAGGAUUGAAUAGUCUGAAUGAUUGUUCGGGGUAAACAUUUAUAUGCUUUCCAUCGUGCAAAUACGGAUGUGUUUCUAGCUUGAUUUCCGUGACCCAGCGGAUCUGGAGUCUUAUUUUAGAUGCUCUUCAGCAUGCGAACGUGCAGAAGUCAGUAAACAAGAAGCAAGAGAGUUCAUAGAGGUGACGUGUUUUGGUUUUUAACUCCGGAGUGAUUCUCUCGUACCAAACCCAUGUUAGUAUCGAUGGAACUGGAAUCCAGCACCGAUGAGACAAGAGUGCUCUCCUCUGCUAGAUCAAGCCUCCUGACCACAACCCACAGUGUACAUGCAAUCAGAAGUUUGGGUGUUUUUUUUGUAUUCAUGGUACUACUCUUGAUAGAUCUGUUAGUCUUCACCAACGUCUUUCUUUCAGCAAGCGGCACUGACGAUCACCUUAUAGAUAUCGGACCAUUGAUUGGAUUAGAUUGAUUGGCUGUUUGGUUGAUUGGAUCCCUUCUUUUUUUGCUAACCAAAGAUGAACUUACCUGAACCAGAGGAGAAUCACAGUAAACCACAUCUGAAGUGCAGAUGAAUAUUUUUUGUUUAUGUGUGUGUGUAUGUGUGUGGGUGUGUGUGUGUGUGUGUGUAUGCUCGCACGUGUUUUUAACGUAAUUUGUUAAAAAAAACAAAACAAAACAAAAAAACAAGUGUGUAGAGGUGUGACUUGGGUCAGAUUUUUGUUAUGUUCCGAUAGCUCAUUUACAUUGAUAUGAAUGUCCUCCUCAGUGCAGCUUCCUUAGUCUGUCGCUCCCGCUCACCCCUUGCCUCUCUCUCUCUCUCUCUCUCUCUCUCUCUCUCUCUCCUCUCCCCUUGUCUCUCCCCCUCUCUCUCCCUCCCCUGCUUAGUGUGGACGGAAUAACAUUCACAGCAACAGCAGCAGGGAGCGAUUUCUAGAGAUGGGAGACACUUAAGGGAGGGUUCAUGACAAUUAUGGUUUCCCACACUCUUCUCUGCUCUGGAGUUGGUUGCAACCCAGCAGCGCCAUCUAUGAAAGGAAUGUUUUGAAGCCGGGUAUGAGAUGCCAAAAUAUUCCCAACAGGGGCCACCCGUGUAACAUCCCAAACUCCCUUUUAUCACAUAAUCACCUUCUAAAAAACAUUGCUACUGUAGAAUUUUCUUUCUUUUGUUUUGCAACUACUGCCAGUGCUGAAGAGCUGCUACCAUACUGUGACAAGUGUAAUAGAUUGUAUUUAGAACACUGGGAGUUUGACAGGAGGUUGGUUAUCAGAAUCAGAAAUAUUUCAAUGUGAGGUGGGAUAUUUAUGACCCGAACAAGGCCUUGGAGUGCAAUCAACUGCAAAGUUAAGCCUACAUCCUGUGUUAAGCUUUCGUUAGCAUUUGACUUUGUGAUCUCUUUUUGUCGUGAGUGAAUAUGAGUUUUUGUUUUGUGAAGAGUGACUGCUCAAUGUUGAUACUUAAAUUAUUUAUAAAUGUAGUGUCUUGUUAGAGAAAGUUAAGCUCCAUACUCUUGCUGUUGGAAAAAAAAUGUUUCAGAUGUGAUUGUACUGCCACCUAGUGGACCACCAUUGUUACAUCAGUGUUUUAGUAUUGUACUGGAUGCGGUGAAGAAAAACUGAUAAAAGGAAAACGUGUGUUUUAUUUAAAACAAUAAAUUAAAAGUACAAAAUUA